GUACCAGGCCAACAGCCAACCGCCAUCGAAAAUAACUUGGGAGUUUGUAAUAAGGGCGAGGCUUAUGUUCUUCUGUUCCUGCCCGUGAUUCGGCUCUCUGGUUUCCCGGGGCGAUUAGUCGGAGGGGCUACAAUUGUGAUUUCCGUUAGUGUGCCGCUUUUAAAGCUUUGUUUUCGGCUCCAUGUUGAAGUUUUUCUUUUGAUUCUCGUAGCCGCAUACACUGGUAGCUCAGAUAGCCUACAGUACACACGCAGACGCACGCGCACAGCCCUCGCCCUCGCCUGAUUUGCACUAGCGCGGGUCAUUUCAGGUUAAACCCUGGCGCUGUGUCCCGUUCACUCUAGCAGUCGGAGAUUAUCACUGGUUCCAGUUGAGGAGGAAUGCACAGGCACUGGGACUCCGAGUAAUACCUGGAUAGGAGCUUCGCCUCGCAUCGCAUAUGCGGUGUUUCUCCCGGGGAGCUCAGCAGCUCCUCAGCACUGCCUGGAGUCUUUACUUCGCCACUUCCUCUGGUAGGUACCCAGAUGUCUGAGGAGGCUCUGAGGAUGUCGCCUUGGCCUUGAACCCCAACAGUAUGUCAGAGCCAGCAGAAAAUUGCUCCCCCCGCUGGAAAGAUGAGGCCAUUCAAAAUGGGUACAUUCCAAGUUACCUGGACAAGGAUGAGCUAUGUGUAGUGUGCGGGGACAAAGCCACAGGCUAUCACUAUCGCUGCAUUACCUGUGAAGGUUGCAAGGGUUUCUUCAGGCGGACAAUUCAGAAGAAUCUCAACCCAACCUACGCUUGUAAGUACGAGGGGAAAUGUGUCAUCGACAAAGUGACCAGAAACCAGUGCCAGGAAUGCCGCUUCAAGAAGUGCAUUGCGGUGGGCAUGGCGACCGACUUGGUGCUGGACGACAGCAAGAGGCUGGCCAAGCGGAAGCUAAUCGAGGAGAACCGGGAGCGCCGUCGGAAGGAGGAGCUGCAGAAGACGGUGUGGGACCGACAGGAGCCCACCCAGGAGGAGUGGGAGCUGAUCCGUAUGGUGACGGAGGCCCACAUGGCCACCAACGCGCAGGGCAACCACUGGAAGCAGAAGCGGAAAUUCCUGGUCGAGGAAGCUAUGCUUCUUAAUGAAAUAACAUGUAAUUUAUUCUAUACUUCUGACCAGAGUGCAGCAGGGGUGAAGGAAACUAAGCCUGAGGAGAAUGGUCAAGCAUCCAUGGUCAAUACACCCGAAGGAAACAAAGUGGAUAUAGAAGCCUUCAGUCAAUUUACAAAAAUUAUCACCCCUGCCAUAACCCGAGUGGUGGAUUUUGCCAAAAAACUGCCUAUGUUUUGUGAGCUGCCUUGUGAAGACCAGAUCAUCCUGUUGAAAGGCUGCUGCAUGGAGAUCAUGUCGCUGCGAGCCGCGGUCCGCUACGACCCAGAGAGUGAGACGCUCACGCUCAACGGCGAGAUGGCGGUCACACGGGAGCAGUUGAAGAAUGGAGGCCUGGGCGUGGUCUCGGACGCCAUCUUUGAUCUGGGCGUGUCGCUGUCUUCCUUUAAUCUGGAUGACUCUGAGGUGGCUCUCCUACAGGCCGUCAUCCUGCUUUCAUCCGAUCGGCCGGGCCUGAGUAGCGUUGAGCGAAUUGAGCGCUGCCAGGAGGAGUUCCUGCUGGCCUUUGAACAUUACAUCAACUACCGCAAACACAAAGUGGCGCAUUUCUGGCCCAAGCUGCUAAUGAAGGUGACGGACCUGCGGAUGAUCGGCGCCUGCCACGCCAGCCGAUUCCUUCACAUGAAAGUGGAGUGUCCCACUGAGCUAUUCCCUCCUCUCUUCCUGGAGGUCUUCGAGGACUGACCAAUGGAUUUUUGGGUGUGCGUGUAUAUGUGUGUGUAUGUGUGUGCGUACGUCAGCGCCUCCCUGGUGGUCUCAGGGGGUGGAACCAGCAAAAGGCCCGUCACAAUGAACUUUCUAUUAGCACUAGUGAGUGUCACUUCAUUCCAUAGUUUAGGAGUAGGUCUCUGGUCUAGUUUUUACGGAAGAGGAUUAGGGCAAUGUGAAAAAUUGGAGUUCUGAGUUUAAAUUCA